AUGAAUACAAAUAGUGAAAACUUUAAGUCAAGUCCUACCCCAAAAAUAUUCGAUCAAGAAAAUAAUAAAGUUGAAGAUGCAUUUCUAGCUUUUUUUGACGAUGUUGGAGGACCAGAAAUGGCACAAUUCUUUAGUAAUAUUAGUAACGAUCAUUUUAGAACAAAAAAGGUAGAUGAAAGUGAAGAGUAUAUUAGUGAAGAGAAUUAUGAGGAAACUAAUGAAGAAAAUUUAGAAGAAAGUAGUAAAAAAAUGGAUUUUGAUUAUGAAGAGGAUAGAGGUAUUAUUUCAUCUAAAAUAUCUAAAAAAGUAAAGCAUUAUAUUAUCCUUUUUUUUAAAGAAAAUUAUAUCACAGUUUCUAGAGCAAUCGAAGUUUUAAUUAAUAAUAAUAAGAAAGACUUUCAUAAUAUUUGUUCCAUAAUGACUCUAAACCCGAUAAUAUUGAAGACGGAAGCUUGCAACAAAGCAAGUACUCGAAGAUUAUGGAAUUUAAUCGGGAAUUGGGAAAUAAAUCCAAAAUGCUUAAAUAAUGUUGGUGAUAAUUGUGAAAAACUUCAAGUGUGCGAUUUUCAUUUCAAUAUGGAUCAGAGAUCGGAUUUUCAUAGAACAGGAUUAAAAAAUGAAGUUGAUAUUUCUUCGACAAUAAUUUCAUUUAAAAACUGCCUUUUCUGUAAUCAAAAUUAUCAUGUGUUUACUAGGGGGGUUAAUUGUAAAACUCAUGCUUGGAGGAUAUUAGGAAAAGACAUUCUAUUUCCUUGUCUUGCAUUAUACACUUGUAAAAUAUUAGAUACACAUGAAUCAAUCAUUUGUGAAAAAUUAAACGUAGAGAAAAAUUAUUAUCUUCCAAGUUAUAUUUGUCAAGCUUGUAUCAACAAUAAUGGUGGUCAUAUUUAUAUACCUCCAGGACAAGGAAAGAUGAUGUUAGGUUGUGAAUUAGAACAUAAAAAUGAAACAAGUUCAGGAUUACACAUUAUUGGAAAUUGGAUUUUAGAUGUAGCGGCCUCAUCGGAAGAAGAAUUAAAACAUGAUUUGCUUAUUAAAUUAACACAUUCCUUGACUGUUUAUUGGCAAAAGAAUCAACCAUUAAAUAAUCUUUUACAUCAAAGUUCAACCAUUCCCCCUAGUGUCUUUAUAAUAAACACUUGCUUAAAACUUGGAAAAGCAGAAAAUUUAACAAAAAAAGGCUAUCUAAAAUAA